AUGGCGACGAAUGCACCGACUCUAAUCAAUCUACCGCCUCCGCCUUCGGAUGUAGACACACCAGGCGAGGCACCGGGCACGCCAAACUCGACUACUACGUCCAUGUCUGAACUCUCCACCGUCGCAAUCAAAGACGGACACCGUGGACACUUUCCUCACCACCGCAAUCCCGCGGAUGCUGAGCGCGCCGAUCGUAUCUCGCGCCUGGCUGGCCUCGAGCGAGUCGCUGUCUCAGGUCGCACACCUCAAGGUCUUGGACCCGGAAGCGCGGCCAACCCACCGCCUGGCUACUUUGAUGCGAACAACCAACCCCAAAUCUUCCGCGAGCGCAGUACGGUCGGUAGUGCCAGUGCGACUGGGUCAGUUGGAGGUCGCACAACAUGGGCAAGUGGCAGCGACGUUUAUGAGCCGGACAGAAUGAGCGAAGACCAAGAUGUGGAGACGUCGAGCAUGGGAGGCUUCAGUGACGAGGCUGUCUCUUUGGUCGGAUUCGGCGAGGGGGCAAGAACGCCAGCUCGACAGCACAGCCAGAUUGGUAGCCCUGCGAUUGGGAAAGGCGCAGUGCCUGGACACUUGAGGGAGCAACUACCUGCAAGCCCAAUGACGGGCGUCAGUGCUCCCUCCAGCUCAGGUACGACACAGACUACUUCCAGUAUAGAGCAGCAGAAGAACGAUGCACGAGUAAUCGAUGGCAUGACGUACGAUGACAACAUUAUCGACACAGCUAACCAGACACCCCCAGUGUCUACCCAGGGCCGUGAUGGAGACUCGACCUCAGAGCAAGCCAUCCGCGAGCGCAUGCGGCAACGCCAGGCUGGUCCGGAUGUCAUGGACUAUGAGCAGCAGAAGUAG